AUGCCUUGUCCCUUCCAGGUAUUGGACUUAGAAUGCACGAAGUUGAGGGACUUUGAGAAGCUGUUUCUUUUCACCAAAGGUUUGCAACCUUGGGCGAAGGAUGAGCUGAGGCGACAGAAAGUUCAGACUUUGGCCGAAGCGAUCACCGUUGCAGAUGGGCUGCUCGAUUAUAAGGGCGAUGCAACUAAGGGCUUUGGUGGAGCCCGAGGGGACUACAGAAAGAACUUCCGCCGAAAGGAUAGGAAGGGAGGUGGAGCCCCUUCAGAGCAGAACAGUGAGCACAAAAACAAGAAGGCUAAGAAGCCGAAUGGAGAAGGCAACUCGAGGAAGAAAGAUCACGCCCAGCCCGAGAAGAAGAAGGAACGGGAUCCGGGUUGCUUCAUCUGUGGAAAAGAUGAUCACUUGGCACGGAGCUGUCUAGACCGAAGUAGGAUCAAUGCCUUGUUGUUUGAGGAGAAGAAGUUGCCCGCAAUGAGCACCUUACAACUCGUCAACGCAGUGAAGCAUCCUACCAAAGUGGCCGAUAAGCAUGAGCUAUGUUUUGUGGAGACUUUCCUGGGUGGAAAGAAAGUGUUGGCUAUGGUGGACUCAGGCGCAACACAUAAUUACAUCUCUGCAAGCCGAGCGAAGAAGCUUGGACUCAAGAUCAAGCUGACUUCUAAUCAGUUCAAGGCAGUGACCGCACCCGCGCAGCAGGUGAGCGGCGAGAUCCAUAAGGAAGUCAUCCGAGUUGGAUUGUGGCAGGGUGCGCUCGACUUAAUUUCUAUUGGGAUGAAUGAGUUCGACCUCAUACUUGGGCAAGAGUUCUUGAGGUCGACAUCAGCGACAGUAGUGCCACACUUGGGCUGCAUUCUGAUAUUGGAUCCGAACAGACCGAGUUUGAUUCCGACGAUGAAAAGCAUGGAGCAGGAUCUCCUUCUGAAUGCACUAAGUGCUAAACAGGUCGGCAGAGGAAGGCAGGAAGAGCUGUUCUUGGCCGCACUGAUCGGAGAUUGGGAUGAAGGGGAGUCUUCGGGACCCUCCAACACCUCGGCGAUCCAGGAAGUGUUGUCCGAAUUUGCGGAUGUAAUGCCAGACAGUCUCCCAGCAGUUUUGCCACCCCGGAGGCACGUUGAUCAUCGGAUCGAGCUUGAGGCCGGAGCAAGACCACCUGCGAAGGAUCCCUACCGCCUCUCUGGACCAGAGAUGGGGGAGUUGAAGAAGCAGUUGAUAGAACUUGUGGAUGCGGGUUACUUGCGUCCGUCCAGGUCUCCUUAUGCUACCCCAGUAUUGUUCCAACGCAAGAAGGAUGGAAGUCUUCGGAUGUGCGUGGACCAUCGGGCUUUGAACAAGCUCACAAUCAAAAACAAGUAUCCGUUACCCCUCAUAGCGGAUAGCUUUGACCGACUGGUUGAUGCAAGAGUGUUCAAUAAGUUGGAUCUGAGGCAGGGUUACUACCAGAUCAGGAUCGCGCCAGGUGAUGAAGAAAAGACCGCGAUUACGACGAGGUAUGGUAGUUAUGAAUUUUUGGUUAUGCCCUUCGGUCUCACUAACGCUUCUGCCACCUUUAGCACUUUGAUGAACGAUGUGUUUCACUCAUUAUUGGACAAGUGUGUUGUUGUAUAUUUGGAUGACAUUCUGGUGUACAGUCGAGACUCGAAGGAACACAAGAGACACCUUCAGGAGAUCCGACCAGACUCGGAGAAGCUUGAGGCGAUCCAAGACUGGGAGCCACUCCGCAAUGUGCACGAGGACCGCGGAUGGAAAUGGGGCGACAAGCAGCAGUCAACAAUCCAGAUGCUAAAAGAGGUGCUGAUAGAAAGAUCAGUCCUUAAUGCACCAUGCCUGGGUGAGCCUACAUCGAAAGAUGACUUACUCGGUCUGCUUGAGUAUGAAAGCUUAAGAGGCAGGCGGAACAAAGCAGAGCAGUUGAAGGAAUCGUUAAGGGACGACUUCCUUGCCAGUACCCAGACUACCAGCCUUUUGUUCAGACGGCUGAGAGGAGGCUCAGCCCGACUCUAUGUCGAUUUCGAAAUCUUGAUGGGUUCUGUUGAACUACCAGACAUCUUUUCGGAGGUGGACAUCUUGGAUAGAUGGGAGAACCGCAGGGCCAUAUCUUUGAGAGACUUAUUAGUUCUUGGCUCUGGAGAUGGGCUUCGACCAGAGGACUGUCCCCACGCCUCUGAGCUUGUGGCGAGCUGUUCGGAAGCUCUCCAACGGUGGGUUUGGAUGGAACACCCCGGAGCCGUAGCAGAUCCCUUGAGUGCCAAACUAACUUAG